GUUAUUUUCUCUCCUCGCUCUGUUCUCCUGAUAUUUUUCCCUUGUGGUCUUUGGCUCCCUAAUCAAAUAGUUUGACUCACCAAGGAGAAAAGAGGGGAGGGAAAGGGAUAAAGCGUCACUGCUUGGAGAGAGAGUCAGGCAGACACUGGGAGCCCAUGGCAGACGGACGAAUAGAGUGAGUACUACGAACUAAGAGAAACUAUAUGUUAAUUGAGAUAAAUAAAUAAACAAGAGCAGUAAAUGUAUAUGAAAAAACUAAAAGGCACAGAGAGAGAAUACUGGUGUACAAGGUAGACUAAUGUAAGGAGCUGCAGACAAAUAAAGAAAGUGUUACAAAGUAUCAAAUAACAUAAAGACUGUCUACAUGAAAACAAUAAGACAUAACGCAGUUAGAAAACAUAUUAAGGGAACUGAGGAUGGAAUUUAAAAUGCAGAUGUAGGUAUUACAAGACACGUCUGGUUUUAUACAUACCAUAGCUCAUGUUUAAUGGGAUGGGUGAGGGAGGGGCCAGUGUGGUACUAUCAAAAGUUAGCAAGAGACUUAAUGACUCCAUUGUACGUAAAAUGGAAAGUUAUGUUAACAAACUUUAUUAACUGAUGUGAAUAAGUAUUUAUGUUCUCGAUCAGAAUUGUUAAAUACUGUAAUUAUUUCACAUGCUUAUUAGCCUGGUGCCAAUCUCUGUUAUUAAAACCCAGUGAAUUCCUGACUUUCCCGUUUCCACAGAAAGACUGCCUUUAACUAAAGUUACUUAGCCUUUCUAUUGUUCAAUAUGCAUUGAUAAAUAUGUUGCUGUUUUUUGUAUGGGCUGAAAAUACUAUGUAUCUGUACUAAUUGAAAUAGGAAUCAGAAUGAUAAGUGGACUGUCUCCACUAAACCGGGACUCUUGGAGAAUUUUAUAUACAAGGCAAAUGUUUUGCCAGAACAGCUCAGCUUAAAGGACAGAAAAGGCAUUUUCAUUUAUUUACUUUAAAAGUGUUUUCCCGAGAAGGAUACAAUUAGAAUUUUCACAUUUUCUAGUUUGAAACAAAAAGUUCUGUUAUUUCACCUCUGCCAAUGGCUUACUCAAUAACCCCUCGGGAGGGAGCUGAAGAGGAAGCACACAGGGGAGAGUGCUCCCUCGCGCACCGGCCACCCAGACAGACAGCCCGGGUCAGCAGGGCCAGCCUUGGGGGGUCCUGAAGUGGCCGGCUCCUGGGCCCCCCAGGAGAAGAGGCUGGCCCUGUGGGUACCUACCGGGUCGCGGGGGCGACCGGGCCCCCUGGUGGGCCGGGCCCAGUCGCAGCCGCGACCCCUGCUAUCCUGGUAUGUACGCCACUGGAUGUAGUGUGUGUGUAAUGGAUGUAGUGUGUGUAUAGUGGAUGCAGAGUGUGUCUUUGUGUAGUGGAUGUAGUGUGUAUUGUAAAUGCAGUGUGUGUUUGUGUAGUGGAUGUAGUGUGUAUAGUGACUGCAGAGUGUGUGUUUGUGUAAGCAUGUAGUGUGUGUAUAGUGACUGCAGAGUGUGUGUUUUUUGUAAGGCUGCAGUGUGUGUAUAGUGAUUGCAGAGUGUGUAUAGUGAUUGUAGAGUGUGUGUUUGUGUAGUGAAUGUAGUGUGUGUAGUGAAUGCAGAGUCUGGAUUUGUGUAAGGUUGUAGUCUGUGUUUAGUUAAUGUGGAGUGUGUAAAAUGUAGUGGGGGUGCAUACUCUGGGGGGGAGUAUUUUUUUCCCAUUAAUUGGUAUACAUUUUAUUUUAUUCCUCCCUCCCUGCAUCUUACCUGUGGCCAGAGAGGGGGGAGGUCACAUUCCCUAGUGGUCUGGUGGCAUGCUGCGGGCCCUGACUACCUGUACACCGCAGGGGGGCCCAGCACAGUCUAUCCUCCCUUCCCAGUUGCUUUGCUCUAAGUCUCGCGAGCCACACAGAGCGUUGCCAUGGUAACCCGUGGCAAUGCUCUGACGACCGCAUCGCUUGCAAGACUUAGAGAAGAGCAGCUGGGAAGUGAGGAUAGACUGUGCUGGGCCCCCCCUGCGGUGUAAAGGUAAUUGGGGGCUCAAAAAUGCACAUAUAUAUAUAUAUAUAGCAAUCAUCGCUAUAUAUGUGUGCAUGUGGGACCCAGGACUCCCCGAGCAGUCCGGGCCACCCAGGACCGCCGGGCCCAUGACAACCAUUAUGGUUGUCAUGCCCUGAUGGCUGCCCUGCGCCUGAGUAUUGCCCAUGAAAAAUAUCUGGUAAAACGUUUCGGACGAACAAUAAUAUAAAUAAAAUGUUUAUAUUUUGCAGUACACUGAUAGGUGCAUUUUCCCACAAGUUUGGACACAAAAAAAGUGACAAAACUAAACCAAAAAGGGGAUGUCAUUUUUCUCCCUUAUAUGUGUAAUAUCCUUUUUAAAUAAGUAGGGAUAUUGUGAUUUAUUUAGCUCGUUAUCAGGGAACGUUUCAGAACACUUUGAUAAUGAUUCCCCACUAUUUCCUAUGAUUAGGGUUAACAGAUCCACCAUGUUUUCAUGGACACAUAAUUUUGUCCUAUUUAUGAAAACGCAUUAAAAGGCUUUCCCUGCAGCAUGUAUAAUGCAUAUUUCGUAGGAUUAUUCAUUGCCUGAUUACUAAAUCUUAUUCACCUUCUUCUGAAUUCUACAUACUACAUGGCAACCCUUUUCAUGUUCUGGUCAUCAAUAUGUAUAUGUGGUAUGUGUCCCUGAAAACAUGGUGGAUCUGCUAACCCCACCUAUGAAUCCCUUUAUUGUGAAAGGGUUAAUUCUUAUAAAAGAGCAGACAUAGAAACGGAGGUUAACAAGACGUGGAAAUUCCUGCUCCAGGUGUCAGUGACUCUUGGCUCACCCCUGAAGAUAUGUUAAGUUGGCAAUUGCGUGACCAGACAAUACAUAAUCGUUCAUAUCAACGUUGUAAGAUAUAUCAGAUUGCAAACAUUACUCAUCAAAACUAGAUUCAGAUGCAGGAAAAAAAAAAGAGAAAUCAGUCUUUAUGUUUCUUAUGUUUCAUCUCAAAAUGAAGUUUUAUCAAGAGAGGACUGGAUUAUAUUUAGCACAGAUGGUUACGUAUUUGAAUAUCUUUAUGUGGAAAGUUAAUUAGUCACAUAUGCGUACAGUGAAUUUUGUCUGUGAUUGUACAUCAAAAAAUAUAGUGAGAAGUUUGGAAUGUCAAAGGGACUCUCCAGGAUGAAGCAGGAGAUCAUGUUUGAUUAAUUAGAGGGAAAAUAAUUCACAAAAAUAAAAACAAUAAAAAAAAAAAUGUAAAUUAGAAAAAGAUAAUCACUUUUGCAUUUCCUCUGUUUGCUGCAAAACAGCUGAAUUUGCUGCGUUCUGGAGUGCCCUCUGUCCAUACUAAGAAGAAUCUGACACUUGUCUUACCCUUCCCUUUCUUUUUAGCAAGAGGUUUGAGUAGAUGGCAUAACCCACUCACAUAUUCAGCAAUUUUGUAUACUAGUGAGUGGCGGAACUAUGCAACUGGAUCCUGAAGUUCUGCCUGUCAAAAUCGUUACUUAAUAUAUUGCCAUUUUGGCAAUAUGUUAAAUAACGUUUGAAGUUUGCUUGGUAAGCAUUCCCUUGCAGUCCCAGCACUCAUUCAAUGAAUCAGAGCGCUGCUGCUUGGUUGCCAUGGCACUGAAUGAGCGCCAAGCAGUAGGAAUGGGUACUUUGGCCUGCACGCCACAGAGGUGCAGACCACACACUUCUCCUUUGAACCACCACACUGGCAUAUACACAACUUCACACACAGAUAUGUGCACUGGUACAUACACACACCGAUACCCACGCUGCCACAUACACACAUUCAGAAACACACACUGGCACAUACAGGGCCAUCUUUAAUAUUGAUUGGGCCCUGGGCAAGCAUUUGAUAGGGCCCCCUGACCCUCACUCCACACCCUCUCUCCCUGACAUGCAAUCAUGCUCUCCACUUCCCAAUGCAGUAGCGGAACCAUUUUCCCAUGCUUGCAGAGUUGUAUUUAGCACUGAGCUGUGUUUGUGUGUAUGAAUGGAAGCAUGUUUUUGUAUGGAGUAUGUUUGUGUAAAUGUAGUGGUGUGUUUGUAUGUGUGUUGGUAUUUGAAUGCAAGCAUGCAUCUAUGUGUAGUUUUUUUGCUUUUUUAAUGCUGGGGUGUGUUUAUAUAUAUUUUAUCUUUAACACAAAGGUGUGUUUGUAUGUAUUGUUGACGUUUCAAUGCAGAACUGUGUUUGUAUGUAGUGUUGAAGUUUGAAUGCAGGGGUGUACUUGUGUGUAGUGUUGGCGAUUUGAAUGAUGAGAUGUAUGCACAUGUAAACAUACACUGCCAUACACACUGUGAUACACAUACACACACACUGAAAUACAGAUAGAAAUACUGACACUCACACUAACACACAUGCAGAUACAGACUAACACAUACAGACACACAGAUACACAACCUGACACACAUACAGAGAAAUAUAUACAAACACUGACACAUAUGGAUACUCAGACACUGAUGCAUAACACAGAUAAAAACACUGACUACAUAGAGAUGCACACACAAAUAUACACAUGCAGGUACACACACUGACAACAUACAGAUACACACACUGACACACAUACAGACACGCAGAUACUAAACAUGACACACAUGCAGAUACACACAAUCCACAUAGAGAAACAUAGAUAUACUAAAUACAGAUACACAGAUAUACACACUGAUAUAGUGACACACACUGACGCACACACACACUGACAGACAUACUGACACGCACAGACAGACAUACUGACACACACACACAGAGAUAUACUGACACACCCACAUAGUGACACAGACACUCUGACAGACAUAAUGGCACACUCACAGACAGACAUAGUGACACACACCGACAGACGCACACACGCACAGAGACAUACUGACACAGACAUACUGACAUGCACAGAGAUAUACUGACACGCACAGAGACAUACUGACACCCACAGAGACAUACUGACACAAACAGAGACACACAGACAUAGUGACACACAGACACCCUGACAGACAUAAUGACACACACAGACGGAUAUAAUGAGAUACACACAGAUAGACAUAUUAAGAUACUCACAGACACACUGACAUACUGAUAAACACAGACAGACAUACUGCCACACUGACACACACACAGAGAAAUGGAGACACACACAGACACCCUGACAGACACAGACAUACCAAGGCACACACAGACGUACCAAGACACACACAUACAUACUGACACACAUGCAAAGUUUACAUUUUUUAAAGCCACCCUCCAGCCCUUGGGUUCAGAAGGGUGGUUUCCCUGGGGUCCAGUGGCAGGCUGAGGUAGUUGGGAGUGUGAGGCUCUGACAGCCACCUCCUGACACCCCCUCCUCCUUCCUCCCACGCGGCUUUACCGUCACUUCCUCCCAGCCUGCUGCCAUAAAACAAGGGGGCCCGGUCGCGCUUUUAAGGGGCCACAGCGCCCGACUGGGCCCUCUUAAAGUGUGUCCGCGGUCACUGAGAGGUUAAAGGAAAUCCUUUCUAGUGUUUACCAUUAUUAAGAAUAAGCAUUUGUGUUUUUUUUGUUUUUUUUAUGAAAGUUCACAAAGACAACUUGAUGACCUUUUGUCGUUUCUGUUACUGUAUUCCCACAGACACGGCCAAAAAAAUAAUCUGCAAAAACUUCCAUUACUUUUCAACUUUUUACUGUUUCAUGUUGUCGCUGUUCCCUCUGGAGGCCAAAUUGUUGUUGUUCAAAAGGACAUUCAUAAAUGGAACUAACAUUGUUCCAGAGUAGUUAUCAAGAUAAUAUUUGGCAUCAAGAACUGUAAACAGCAUUUGCAAAAGCUGUCGAAAGCAAUUAAAGCUUUCAUUCCUUAGAAAUGUAAAUAUUCUUCAAGUAACAUCUGGAUGAAUAGCAAGAAAUCCAUAGUCUCUUGGUGAAGAGGGGAGGGCAGAUGAAGCAUGAAAAGCAAUCCAAAACUUGCAGAAAAACCAAAAGCAAGUGUGUUCUAAUCAAUAAUUAUUUUAAAGCCAGUACAACUUUAUUAACCUCUUAAGGACUGGACUGUUUUUGCGAUGUUGUACAUUUACGACCAGGCCUCUUUUUACACUUUUGUGGUGUUUGUGUUUAGCUAUAAUUUUCCGCUCUCUUAUUUAUUGUUCCCAUACAAAUUAUAUAUUGUUUUGUUCAGGACAAAAAGGGCUUUCUUUACACACCAUUAUUUACAUAAUCUCAUGUAAUUUAAUUGAAAAAAAUAAAAAAAAUAUGAUGCAAAAUUGAAAAAAAUACAUGUUUUUUUUACUUUUACUUGAAAAAUCUUUUACUCAUCUACAAAAGCUAAUGAAAAAAACUGCUAAAUAGAUUCGAAAUUUUGUCCUGGGUUUAAAAAUACCCAGUGUUUACAUGCUUUUUUUUUUCAAGUUAUAGGGCUAUAAGUACAAGUAGGAUAUUGCGGUUUCAAAACAUACAUUUUUAAAAUUUAUCAAUAGUGACAUUGUAACACUAUUAUCUGUCAUAAAUCUCUGGAAAACACCCCACAUGUAUAUAUUUUUUUUAAAGUAGACAACCCAGGGUAUUCAUCUAAGGAUAUUUUGACACUUUCUAUGCAGCCAUUUUACCACCAGUCUUUGCUAAACUUCGCAUAGGUAGUUGUUUUUUUUUUUACACAUACAUUGCAAUUCAGGUAUAAACUUACAGAUCCUGUUAUGUGUUGCUGCCAAAAAACACACUAAUAUAUGUACAGCAACAUCUCCCAAGUACAGUGAUACCACCCAUGCAUAGGCUUGUCGAGUUGUUUGGGGGCUAAAAGGCCACAUUUGGCAGGUGCGUAUAUCCAUUUUCCAACUUGGAAUUUUGACAUUUAGUCAACCUGCGCACAUGUCCUAUUUGGGACAUUUGUAAGGCCGACCAAUGUAUUUUACCCCCUCAAAACCAUAUAUUUUUGGAAAGUAGACACCCUAGGGUAUUUCAAAUUGUGGUAUUUUAACACUUUCCAUGCACUAAUUCUACCACCAGACUUUGUCAAACUUUUAGGUAGUAAUUUUUUGUGUGUUUUUUUUCACACACAUUGUACUUUAGGCAUGAAUUUACAGAUCCUGUUAUAUGACAUUGCCAAACAACACCCCAAUAUGUGCUCAGCAACAUCUCCGGAGUACAGUGAUACCACCCAUGCAUAGGCUUGUCGGGUUGUUUGGGGGUUAAAAGGCCACAUUUGGCAGGUGCGCAUAUCCAUUUUUCAACUUGGAAUUUUGACAUGUAGUCAACCUGCGCACAUGUCCUAUUUGGGACAUUUGUAAGGCCGGCCAAUGUAUUUUACCUCCACCAAACCAUAUAUUUUUGGAAAGUAGACACCCUAGGGUAAUUCAAAUGGUGGUAUUUUAACACUUUCCAUGCACUAAUUCUAUCACCAGACUUUGUCAAACUUUUAGGUAGUAAUUUUUUGUGUGUUUUUUUCACACACAUUGUACUUUAGGCAUGAAUUAACAGAUUAUGUUAUGUGUCACUGCCAAACAACACCCCAAUAUGUGUUCAGCAACAUCUCCUGAAUACAGUGAUACCACCCAUGCAUGGGCUUGUUGGGUUGUUUGGGGGCUAAAAUGCCACAUUUGGCAGGUGCGCAUAUCCAUUUUUCAACUUGGAAUUUUGACAUGUAGUCAACAUACGCACAUGUCCUGUUUUGGACAUUUGUAAGGCCGGCCAAUGUAUUUUACCCCCACCAAACCAUAUAUUUUUGGAAAGUAGACAUGGAUGGUGGUUAGUAUAAUAACAUCCUUCCUGUCCUUAAAUUUUAUUGCAAGCACUUUAGCUUUGUGCAGACCUUACAUUCACUUUUUUUUUUUAAUUUGGACUCUAUAAAAGGUCUGGGGAAAUCCUUGACAUUUCUUCUCACAGUGCCACAGGCCAGUAUCCAGAAACCCUAAAGAGUUUGAAACAAACGGACAAUGCUAUAAAAAUUGUCCACUUAAAGGUGGUAACGUUUAUUGAACAAGGGGAUCCGUAGGUCCCAAACAAGUUUCCCGCUUGUCCCCAGAGAGUCAAGACAGCCAGGAGGGUCCAGUUGACCAUCUUUCCCCUCAUUUACACAAAAGACAAAUGUAUAGCCACUUUCGCUCUCGCACAGUUUGUAGAAUUUUAUGCCAUACCUAAAGUGCUUUGAGGGGAUGUAUUGUUUGAAUCCUAAUCUCCCUUUAUAUUUCAUUAACGAUUCAUUAAUAGAUACAUUUUUUUGAGGAGUAUAAACUUCAAUAAUUUUGUACUGAAGAUGGUCUACCAGUGGGCGUAUUUUAUGAAGCCUAUCAUAUUGGGUGUGACCUCUGGGGUGACAGAGGGUGUUGUCAUUGAAAUGUAAGUAUCUCAGCAGCAGCUCAUAUCUUGUUCUAGACAUGGUUUGGGAGUACACUGGACUAGAACAGAUUGGGUUGGUGCUCCAGUAAGAGCGAAUUGAUGGCUUCUUUAUAAUCCCCAUGAGAAUUGUAAGAGCCCAGAAUUUUUUAAGUUCAGCGACAUCUGUGGGAUGCCAGGCAUGCUCCCUGACUGUAUAGCUACCUGGAUUGGUCUCAGUAAAUUGGCCAGCGUAUAAAUUAUUCUGGGAAACAAUCUCCUCCCAGAUGGUAUCCCCUAAAAAUAACUCCAUAUAUUGUAUAGGGGAGAAGUCAACCACAUUCACAUUAAUGCCUGCGUUGGCACUAAAAGGGGGGAUGUUGGGCUCAGCUGACUGUGGAGGUACCCAGUCCUCCUCCACAUUCGGCGUAGCAGGGGAAGCACAGCUUCUUUUAGCAGCUGGCUCACACAUAGAUGACAUGUCACUAGACGUGUCGUUAAACUGACCUGGGUCAAAAUCGGACACAGUGUCAGUGGCGUCAGAGUCUGACGCCAAGAAGGCAUAUGCCUCCUCCAAGCUGUACAUGCGCUGCAUGUUUCACACUAACAGACUAAACUAACAAAAUAUUAACACAAAUUUUUAUAUAUAUUGUGACGAAGUGCCCUUCGCCACUUGGUCCUGGAGAGGCCUGCUUGCCAGCCUCCUCCCCUGUGACUAUGACUCUUUGAUGUAUUUGGAUUUAAAGCCCCUAUUCUACCUUCAGACAGACUAUUUAUGUAGGUUGCUUUAUUUCUCUUAUGUUUUAGUCACCCUGUACCCAUUAUAGGUGCAGGGUGUGUGUAAUGUAAUUGUUUAUAGUGUGUGAGUGUACUGUGUAAUGUAUUGCCUGCUCUCCUGUACUGAUGAGGUUUGCUACCAACUAGGUGGGUUUGGCUAUGGAGCUUGUCUAGUGCCCUCUGUUGGUAGCAAUAGCAAUAUGCACUACCUGAAUAGCAAGACUGGUUUAUUUGCAUAUUCGGGUAGAUUUGCAUAUUGCUAAUUCUGCAGACACAUGAGAUAUUUUCUGUUAAAUAUUGUCUCCCCCACUCCUUUAAAAUGUGCCAUUGUGUUAAGUCACUGUGUGUUGCCUGCUAUGGUUUGACUGUUUGUGAUUUUAUUGAGUUUUCACAGCAAUGUUAAUGUUGUGACCCUAUGGGCUGGUCCCAAGGGAAAUAAAGGUUUAGACAGUUCUUCUUGAUCCCUCUAAAUGUAGCCUUGUCUUGUUAUUGGAGGGAGCUGUUAUAAUCAGACUGGGGAUUGCUAUGCUCUGCAUACUCUCCUGAGCUUGAAUCACUUAGUUCUUUUAAGAGCUUGUUCCUGACACGCUCUCCUUGGAGGAAAGGUCUUCACCACACAGUCCUGGAUGCUGGAGGUUCAUACAGGGUGGAAGGAAGAGGUCUUUCCCACACUGUCCUGGAGGACAGAAGCUGAUCCAGGGUGGAAGGAAGACGGCGAGACUCCAGUCAAGCUAUAGCGGUUGUGGAGCCUGCGGUGGUUGUGGUGUCUGCUGCAGUGUGUGGAGUCCUCAGGAAGCGCUAGGAGCAUCUUUCAACGGAGGUACCCAGUCGGGGUGCCAGGUGAUCCGUUACAUAUAUAUAUUUUAUUUUUAUUUAUUUUUUUACUAAAACAGACUAAAACAGUAAUCCCUAAACUAACUCCUAUUAAAAGAAUCUAAUGGAGAUUUGGGGGAAGGAAACUGACUGACUAAGACAGUCCUUGGUCCUGAAGAGGUUAAAAUGGCACUGGUGUUUAUUCAAUAAACAGAGAACUGUGGUAAAUUGAAAAUCGGCAUUGCGAAAUGUAGGCAAAAAUUCUGAUCGAUCAAUCAAUCAAUCAGAUAAUCAAUACAUUGUUUAACACAGAUCUGCACACCAGUCAAGCCAUGUUUUUCCACAGAAAUCACAAAUUUGCAGUGAUGUUACUACUGCAAGGGAUUCUGGGUGGGCAUAUGCAAAUUAUUUUAAUAAGGAAUCACAUUUUUGCCUCAUACUAUUUUUAACAUGGAUUCCUUGGAGUCUGUGUUAGUUGUAUACAACAGUUUUGAAACAACUUAGGAAAAGAUGCAAAGCCCGUGAACCACUCAUGGACAGCUAUUUUAUUGUAAAUGCAAAUCAUCAGCAUGAGGUUGGUUACUAGCUAAUGGAGGCUUAGCAGUAAUUGCGAAGCAAAAACCACAGAAAUCUAUAUAUACAGGGGCGUAUUAGUCGCGAGGCAAACUAGACAUUUGCCUUGGCCGGCAUUUUUCAGGGGGCGGCAAAAAACACCCCUCCCAAAUGCCCAGGGCAAAUGUCUAGUUAGCCUUGCGGCAAACUGACCUGCUGGGCGGUCGGGGGGCGCUGGCGAGGGAACACUUCCUCUGAGCUGUGUGCUCAGCUCCCUCGUGCGCGCAGAGUGAGGCUGGGAGCCGGAAGAUGAUGUCAUAUUCCGGCUCCCAGCCUCACUCUGAGGCGCGCGAGGGAGCUGAUAUAUGUUAAUGUGCGUGAGUGUGUGUAUAUGUCUGUUACUGUGUGUGUCUGUCAGUGUGUGUCUGUUACUGUGUGUGUCUGUUAGUGUUAGUGUGUGUGUGUGACUGUUACUGUGUGUCUGUUGGUGUGUGUGUGUCUGUCUGUUACUGUGUGUGUCUGUUACUGUGUGUGUCUGUUACUGUGUGUCUGUUAGUGUGUGUGUGUGUCUGUUACUGUGUGUCUGUUAGUGUGUGUGUGUGUGUCUGAUAGUGUGUGUGUGUGUGUCUGUUAGUGAGUGAGUGUUUCUGUUAGCUAGUGUAUGCGUAUCUGUCAGUGAAUGUGUGUGUAUGUAUUUAGAAGGGGGUUGGGGGUGGCACGGGGGGAGGGGGCACCUGAGUUUUGUCCUGCCUAGGGCAGCACAAAACCAGGAUACACCACUGUAUAUAUAUAGAUAUAUAUAUACAAUUUUUAUUUAGGGCCCCCACCCGCCGCUCAGGGGUGGGGACCAGUGGGGAGGACAAUAGGUCCUCCCCCCUUUUUUUUACUUUAGGGUCCCCACCCGCUGCUCAGGGUUUUUUAUAAACUGCAAUAAUUACCUUGCAGGGUUAACUCCACCUCUGUAAAAUAGAACAGAGGGAAAUUCCAAUAGUGUAGUCUAUAACUUAAAAUUCGUAUGUGUGGAUUCAAGGUAAUACGGUAUCCCACUCACCUAUUUAAGAGCUUGGACUAGCUCAGGUUUUACUUCACAUUCAGUGGUAUAAAUCCCCCACUGAUGGGGUAUAGGCUUGCGCACAUGGAGAAAAUCCUCGGGAAAAAUGGAGAGUAACACAAAAUAGUGCUCACUGUAUAAUUGGAUGUAGACGUAAAUAGAAAGAUAUAUAUAGAAUACUCACAUUUAAGUGAGCAGGAAAAUACUGCUCACUGAUAUAACGUGGGUGGUAUAAUCCCCACCUAGGAUUCUUGGGCACAGAUAAAAAGUGCUUGAAAUAAAAACCAGGUCCAGGAAUAAAAUAAAUAAAAAAUAGAAAAUAAUAGGAAUAUGGCAGGAAAAUAAAAUGUAUAUUAGCCAAUAAUCCUUUAUUAAUACAAUAUGAGAUAAUAAAAUACUAUAAUAAAAUAGCCAAAACGCGUUUUGCCACACAGGGCUUUUUCAACAGGCAUAUCCUGACCACUUCUUCGUUUGGACCAUUAUCUCCUUCACAAUUCCUCGAGUGACUUUUACUGUUUUAAGCUUAUCCAAGGACUUAUUUAUGUUCUUUUAUAAUAUUGUAUAUGUAAGUAUUUUAUUAUACAAUUGUAUAUGUAAGUACUUUUUGUGUUGCUCUUUUAUAGUUUCUUAUACCAUUAUCCUUUUUACUUCUUGAUCAUUUUUUUCACAUUAGUUUGAUUAUAAUUUGUAAUAAUUUUUGGCGCGACCUAAUAUUUUUUAUCUUUUUGAUUCUCCUCUUCCUUUGACGUACUGUGAGGGAACGUCUCAUUUUAGGUUGCCGCCCACAUCCAUACAUAUCCUGUACUAUUCUAUUGAAACACCAAGCGCUGAACCAACCACCAUUUACAUUAACUCCACCUCUAGUGGCUGUCUAUAAGACAGCCACUAGAGAGCACUUCCUGGAUCAUAGCACAGGAAAUCUGUGCUAGAGCGUCGCUGGAAGUCCUCACGCUGUGUGAGGACCUCCAGCGUCGCUCAUUUCCCCAUAGGAAAGCAUUGAAAAGCAUUUUCAAUGCUUUCCUAUGGGGAGCUCUAAUGCGCAUGCGCGUCAUUGCCACACAUGUGCAUUAGGUCUCCCCAGCCGGUGGGCGGGAUCAGUCUCGCCCACCGGCCAACGCAAUCACAGGGAGGAGCGGCGGCGGAGGAAGAAGCAGCGACGUGGGACAUGUCGCUGCUUUUGGUAAGUUACUGAAGGGGUUUCUACCCCUUCAGCAACCAAGGAUUGGGGGGUGGGAGGGAGAGGGGACCUGCAGUGCCAGGAAAACGGAUUGUUUUCCUGGAACUGGAGUUUCCCUUUAAGUAUUUCUUCCUUUAAUACGAUUAUCAACUCAAAGUUAAUUUCUUCCCUUAAAAGGACACUAUAGUCAUCAGAACAACUACAGCUUAAUGUGGUUCUGUUGGAUAGUGUGUUAGUGCAGGCUUUUUAACGUAAAACACUACUUUUUCAGAGAAAAGGCAUGGUUUACAUUACUGCCUAAUAACAGAGUGGCAGUCACUCAGACGAUACUUCCUGUGUCACUACUGCACAGUGUGCAACAAUGAUGAUCGGCAUCUCCAAGGCCAAGAUUCAAUGCAUCUCAAUGAGGCGAUGCUGACUGGCGCAUUCAUGACACUAUGGUGUUCCUUUAAUAGUCUUGUAAGCCCAUUGCCCCAUUCUCCUGCAAAGAGCAUCAAUCAUGUUAUCAGUGAUUGUUACACUUGAUGUUAGACACAGCUUUCAUGCAUUCCCCUCAGUGGGCUAACCUAUGGCACUGACCUGUCAAUUCUUCAGGUGGACCUGCCCCCCUUCCUGCGUAAGUUCCCCCAUUUAGGUAGUGCCAGUGGGGUUAUUCGUCUCACUAGUCCGUCCCCUUAUACACCUGCUCUCUGACAACCAGCUUGCAGGGUCAAAGAUAUGUACGGUAAAAAAUGUAUAGAUUAUCUCUCUACAUUUUCCGAUUGCUGCACAAAGCUUCUGCAAUAACAUAAUUUUAUCUCUUUCUCCUUACCCUGCUGCAAAGAACCUGCCCUUCCUUUCUCCUAAACCUUGCUGGCAUUGCUUUCCCUUAGGCUGAAAUCAAAUAGGAGAGACACACGCCCAGAGGACAGUUUCCCUGUGCCGAUUAGUACAGUAAGGGGAAAAAGACUGUUAUUUUCUUAUUUUUUUAAACAAAUGAGUAACACAGAUAAAAUGUUUGCUGCACUAUUUACAUCUCAUUCAUCUUUCCCUACAACCAUUUCAUGUCUUGUGCAAUCCCUACCAAUUUCCUUUACAGGAAUGAUCUGUAGUUACUAAAAUGUUAUAUUAUAAAAUGCCUUUUCCAAAACUAUUAGCCGUUCUCCCAACUUCUAGCGCGUGAUCCUAGCCUCCAGUGUAAUAUGUCUAAUUGUUUGCUGGAUUAACAAUUACAUGUGUUAUUUUACACAUAAAAGGUCAUAGAAUUUAUAUAAAUAAUGUAUAAUAAGAAAAAAAAAAUUGCAUGCCUAGCAAUCUGUUUCAGUCUAUAGAGCUGUUCCCUUAUUACUCUAUUUUGACAAUAGAAAUAUAAUGGCGGUAAAUAGUUUGCAGACAGUUAUUGAAGGUUGUUGGAGUGUGUUUUUCUGUUGGAGUUGUGUGCACUUUUUCCACCAGUAAUGGCUGCCUAGUCGCUAGUUUUCUAUUACAGUAAACAGCCACUAGUUGCUCACAGAUAUGACCUCACCCAUGGAAUAGAAAGGGGGGGGAGGGCAUAAAGGAGGUUUAUAAACUCCCCUAUAGUAAUAAGGGGAUUUAAUAUUUUAUUCGGUUUUUUUUUACGUUUUACUUUGGCAGCUGGCAAGAGGUUAGAGGAGAAUGUAAGAGUUGAGAAAGUGUGUCAAAUGGUUACAGACAAGUAGUUCCAGAAGCUUUGAGGAGAGAAAAGUAGUAGAAAUAUGGCAUGGUAGUUGGGAUUGUUAACCCUUUGGACCUCAGAGGAUUCUUUAACUAUUUGCCUGCUGGUUGCUAGUGCUGCCUGUGGACAAAUAGCUUAGAUUUUUAAAAUCUGGGCCUACUUUUCAAGAUUUCAGCAUUCCAGCAGCAUUUGGUCCAUCUGAAAUCUGGAUGUAUUUCAGGCUCGUUUAGAGCGUGAUUAGCAAAAUGAAGACAUUGUUAAAUAGUGUGAACAACUUUUUUUUUACAUUCGUUAAUUUUUAAAGUGGAGUGAUAAUUACAGUACAAUUGCAGUAGCAACAUAUGUCAUGAGUCAAAAUAACAUUAUACAUGCAUCAAAAGUCAGGAGAAGCGGCUCAUUUUUUUGUUUUGUUUAAUGAAAAGAAAAAUAAAUGUCAGUAGAGGAGUCAUUUAGCAUAAUAAUGAAAGAAAGAUCGGCAAACUGACAGCAUGGUUUAAAAGGAUAAUUGUAGAUUAUGCUAGCUUUAGUGUACCUAUAAUCUUAAUUUUAUUAAUGACAGGAGGCGAGUAUUUUGCUUAAGACUUUUUUUACUUAAGCUUCACAGCAGCACUUUUUUAACAUAGUGACAGGGUAACCAAUCAGAAAAAAGAUAACAAGGUAUAAAGGUCCCUCCCCGUGAUGUCACUUCCUCUUUCUGGCUGGGAGUGACAGUAACAGCAAACGAUAAAUGAACCAGAUGAGAGUUUCAGAAUGCCAGAUGAGAAAGUUGAUGCUUGAGAGGGAACAGGAAACUAAACAUGUCCUCUUGAGGAAGAUUUACGCUGAAACGAGAGAGCAGAGUCGAAACCAAGGAUUAAUCCGUGAAUUGGACUUCUAAAAUUAUGUCAUCCAGUAGUUAGAAUCCAUAAAUUAUAGCCUGCCUGCAAUAUAGCCAUAAUCCACCCACUCAUAGGGUGUAACCCCUUGGCCCCCCCCGAGCAGAAAGACACUGUGUAUUUACCCUUGUUGUAGAUGGACUUACCUAGAGAGGCGACCCUAGAGGGUGAAUUUUGCUGAGAGUUGACGAAGGGAGAGAUCUUCGUUGAUCAGACGAGCUUCUAGGAAACGAAUCAUGACAUUAACGUCCCAUAGAAGGUGAACCAGUGUUGGAGGGUGUUGGAGGGUGAACCAGUUUAAUGCCCCGUAAUAGUCUACAAACCAGCAGGUCGUGGCCAACUGGAGCUCCGUGUAGAGGAACAUGGGCUGCCGAGAUGGCCAACCGGGCAACGUUGAUGGAUCGGUAGAAUCAGCCUAGGUCGAAUAGAUGAGAGAGGAAAUUCAAUAUGAACUGUCUAGGGGCUGUAAGGGGAUCGGUAUCCCGUUCAAGGCACCAAUUGCACCAAGCACGCCAGGAGGAAAGCUAGCAUCUUCUGGUUCCAGGGGCCCAAGAAUCCCAGAGGAGUUCCUUAGAUCUCUGCGAUAACUCUCCGAAAUUCCAGGUUCCCCUGAAAGAGUCCAAGCCACUAAGUGGAGGUGGCCUUGUAUUAUCAUCGGAUGAGGGUUUCCUUAAGGGUCCUCUAGGAGGUUGGGCUGUUGGCAUGAGAGGUCCAGAAGAUCCGGGAACCAUGCUUAGCCCUGCCAGAGCGGGAUGAGUAGUACAAGUGUGACCUGUUGUCUGCGAAUCUGGAGAAGGACUCUUGGAAUCAACGCAAACGGAGGGAAGGUGUAGGCUCCCGUCGACGGCCACUUCUGAAGGAAGGCAUCUACUGCCGAGCAUUCUGGGUCUGGUAGCCAGCUGAAGAACCGUGAGACUUGAAAAUUCGUCCGGGAGGCGAACACGUCCAGAACAAACGGGCCCCUGAGUUUGGAGAUGUGGAGGAAAACUGAUCUGUGUAGGUCCCAGUCGCUGACGUCUCUCCAAUGUCGGGAGAACCAAUCCGCGGUAAUGUUCGUCUCCCCCGGGAGAUAUUCUGCCCGAAGUGUGAUGUUGCGUUGGAAACAAAAAUUGUAGAUCUCCUUUGUCACUUCGGAGAGGGUGCGAGAUCUGGCCCCGCCCAAUUUGUUGAUGUAUUGGACGGCUGAGAUAUUGUCCAUUCGAAGGAGAAUACAACAGCCUGAGAGGUGAUUGGCCGGACUACGGAUUGCAAAUGAGCCUGCGAUUAACUCCAGACAACUGAUGUGGAGAAAGUGUUCUGCGGUGGUCCAUGGUCCCCUGGUGGAGGUUGUAUGACAAGUUGCGCCCCAUCCCUGGAGGCUCACGUCUGAUUCCACAACAAAGUCCGGAGUGGGGGCCGAAAAUUGCUUUGCCGUUCCAGGCAGACAUUUGGCGGAGCCACCAGUAGAGUUCCUCCCUUACCUCGGUAGUGAUUGGGACCCUCUGGUCGUAUGAUGGAUUGGUCUGGAGGAAUUGAGCUUUCAAGCGUUGCAUGGCCAGAUAGUGAAGAGGUCCUGGGUAGAUUGCCUGAAUGGAAGAAGAAAGCAGGCCUACGAUCUGAGCUAAACCUGUGAGAGGUAAAUCUACUUGUCGAAGCGUCUUGCGUAGUUACUUACUGAUCGCAGUUAAAUUGGAUGGAGGCAGACAAAGAACACAGGUGGAGGAGUCGAUCUCGAAGCCGAGAAACUGUACGAUUUGGGAUGGGGACAGUGAUGAUUUCUCUUGGUUGGUGACAAACCCCAAGGAUUAGAUCAAUGAGGAUGUGUAAUUCGUCUGUGAUUGCAGUCUGGAUGCAUCGUCGCAGAGUAGCAAGAGGUCGUCGAGGUAGAUUAAGCAGUGAAUGCCCCUUGCUCGAAGAUGUGACUGGCUUGAGCAGUUUGGUGAAGCACCACAGAGCAGAACUCAGGUGGAAUGGAAGGCAGGUGAAUUGGAAAAUCUGGUGGUGACAAAAAAAGCGGAGAAAACGUCGACUGGAUGGAUGUACUGGUACGGAGAGGUAAGCAUUCUUGAGGUCGAGUCGGGAACCAAUCGCCUGGUCAGAGAAUGUCUCUGAGGAGAUGUAUCCCUUGCAUUUUGAAAUGUCUGUAUAUCACAAAGGUAUUCAAUUGGCGCAGGUUGAUUACCGGGUGGAAUUCCCCUGAUUUCUUUUUGAUCAAGAAGAUGGAACUGAGAAAGCCUUCGUCGUGUGGAGCAAGUUGAAUCGCUCCUUUUGUUAGUAGGGAACAUAGUUCUGAAUCAAGAAGGGUACUUUGAGAUUUUGACAUUAUCGGGUAAUGAGGAGAACCUGUUUGAGUAGGGUGAGAAUAAAACUCUAUGGAAUAACCCCAAACUGUGUUUAGAACCCAGGUCUCUGAAGACAGCGUCUUCCACAUGUCUACACAAUGUAACAACCUGCCCGCAUGAUAAACCGUAGAAAGGUGAAAGGUGAAAGGUAGGAAAUCUCACCUGUUGGGUAUCUGUUGCGUCCACGGGCUCUGCUUUCUCUUCCCCUAUCCGCCCUCUGGGUGUAGAAGUGCCUUGAUUGAUAGUUGGGGAAGAAUGAUGAAGUGGGGGGUCGCUGGCGUUGGCUUGUGGCCCAGAAAUGGCUGAAUGCACGACCCCUUGUACGGCCAGCCCUGCCAAAAACCCGUGAGGGUUGUUGAUGAAAUACUCUUUUCAUGGAUGACUGCGCCUUGUUCAGUGUGGCGUAUAAGUUUAUAUGUUUAUGUAACUCUUUACUAUAGGGUUCUCCAAAUAACAGACCCUUGGCCUUGGGGCACAAUUCUUUGGUUCCUAAGUCGGCUAGUUUGGCAUCCAUGCGCAGCACCACUGCUUUUCUAUGCUCAGUACAGAGGGAUGUAUUUGCAUUGCCCAGCAGGCAAAUGGAACGUAGUGCCCAUUCUGUGAUCAAAGAUGGGUCUAAAGGACCCUCAUUAGAGAGGGCUUCAUCAGCCAGUAGCAGAAUUUCGCCAGGAGCCCCAGGAUAUCUAACAUCUUGUCCUGGGUAAGGCAUAGGCUGCGUUCAAUGCCCUUUUUUGGGUCAGGGCCAGAUCUGGCUAGAUAUGCAUAGAGCAGCGUAUCAAACUCCGGGGUCAUAGCGACCUUGUCCGGCAGAGUAGGCCUAGGACAUUCAGCUCUUAGGCGCUUGUGGACCUCCCGGUCUAGGGGUCUCCUGAUCCAGAAAUGGAUAUACUGGGAGAGAUGGUCUGGGAGUGACCAUUCUGAUGACCGAGGAUAUCUAAUCUGUCGUGGGUCAAACAGAGGUUGACCAAGCGUAUCCAGAAAGGAUUCAGCGUCCCCUGAUGAAAUGGCCGUUUGGAUCUCGCGGAAGAACGCGAGAUCCUAGAUGGCCGCCGUGCACACUCAGGACCGUUGGAGGCGUUCUCCACGGCCCAGAAAGCCCAGGAAAAAUGGGGCAGAGUAUGCCGACCGCAAUCUGGGCUAAAUAAGGUAGAAAAUAAAUAAAUAAACAGAAAAUGACAGUUCAAAAGGAGCUAAUAGGAAAAUAUGAAACAGUAAAUAGAUAUGGAGAAAAUAAGUUGAGAGGAAAAUUUAGCAAGAUUAAAUAUGGUAGCUAAAACCCCUUAGGUAUAAGAUACAAUGAUAAUAUCAACUAGAAAAGCUACAAUUUCUGGGGAAAUUGUGUGAAGUGUUCUUGCCUCCACCAGUAGUCUACAACUGGAGUGGGCGGAGUAACUGUUAUCAUUUAUAUAGCACAUUUAAUUGCAACGUUGUUGCACAGUUACAUUACACCAUACAUUUAUAAAAACAUUAGCAGGUGUUCAAAAGGCCCUGUCUAUGACAUCACUUGCUGCUGCAGCCUGGCACAAGUCAGAGUAUUUUGGCGGUUGCCAUCUUCAAACGGUCGUAUUUUAAAAACUAUAAAUCCUACAGCGAAGAGCUUUAUAUUGUGAGAAUCACAAGACCCAGACCUACAUUUUGAUGCAUAGUAUGUCUCUGAAGUAUUAAAAAUGAAGGCACAGUCGCAGUUUAGAAAUUGCACUUCAAAUUUGAGCUUUGCAGAGUGAAGUUUCAAUGAAUGUCAAUGGACGGCGUUAGUUGCAAACAAAUGAUUAUAUUGUGAAAACUAUCAGGACUAUGGCUUAGCCGUUGACAUGUUUAGUGGCAGCAGGGAUAGCUGAACGUUUUGAUAUAAGAUUUGUGUAGGUGGGCCUGAAAAUAAGGGAGUGGUGGCAGUUUAGAAAUCAUGUCCUGAUUUUUCAGCUUUUGGCAGCUCCCACUCUAGCUUUGCCAUUCAUUCCUAUGGGACAAAUUGCGCCACAAAAACGACGAUAUUCCGUGAACCAUUCGGCGAAACGUUCCACAAAGUAAUAGCAAUCCGAUCGGGAACAAUCUGCACGUUUUGGUAAAUUUUGGUCUAUGUAGUGUAAAAACUGUGGGAGGAGUUAGGGUGGCAAAUUUGGCUAUAAUAAGAAUAAGAAUAAGAAUAAUAAUAUAUAUGUGAGAUAACAAUAAGUGUUCUUGCAAGAACACUUAAUAAUAUAUAUAUGAGAUAACAGUAAGUGUUCUUGCUAUGCAAGAACACUUAAUAAAAUAUGAGAUAAACAGAUAAGAAGAUAAAUGAAUAGACCACAGAAAGUAGGAGACAGUGGCACUCUGACCUGUACUGGUGUGAAGAAGCAAAGAAAGAGGAAGUGACAUCACGGGGAGGGACUUUUAUACCUUGUUAUCUUUUUUCUGAUUGGUUACCAUGUUACUAUGUUAAAAAAGUGAAGUUUAAAGGAAUACUAUAGUCACCUAAAUUACUUUAGCUAAAUAAAGCAGUUUUAAUGUAUAGAUCAUUCCCCUGCAAUUUCACUGCUCAAUUCACUGUCAUUUAGGAGUUAAAUGUUUCUGUUUAUGCAGCCCUAGCCACACCUCCCCUGGCUAUGAUUGACAGAGCCUGCAUGAAAAAAAAAAACUGGUUUCACUUUCAAACAGAUUUUACCUUAAAUAAUUGUAUCUCAAUCUCUAAAUUGAACUUUAAUCACAUACAGGAGGAUUUUACAGGGUCUGGCAAGCUAUUAAUGUCAGGGAUCCGCGGGCGGCUAGGAGGGGAGGCUGCACGCCACUUGCAGCACUCACCCUCAGUCCAUCGCCGCCCGUGGUCUCCCCUCUGCUUACCUGUCGGCGAGCGGCAUCUCCUCUCUGCCGCUCGCCGCCCGUGUCCUCCACGCCCCCCAGCGGCAGCAUGUAUAACGCUGCACGCUGGGAGGUCACUGAACUAUGUAAACGCCGGGGUCACGUGAGUGACCCGGCGUUAAAGGAACAGUACCACAAUCACAGUGGGAGGUAUAGAUAUCCCCCACAUGUGACUGUUAAUUCUGAUUGGAAGUUAUCCAAUCAGAAUUAAACCAAGGGUAUUUAUACUUACCUUUCCUGUCCCUCAGUGCCCUGUUGUGGUCUUGUGAUACCUGUAGCGUAGUGUUCUCAUCUUGCUCUCUGGUUACUGAUUAUUUGACUUGUUAUUCUGAUUAUCCUGUCUUCUCCACUCCUUUGACCUCGGCUUGUUUCUCAUUCUCCCGUUUUCUGGCUCCCUUUACUUGGCUUGUCUCCUGACUAUUCUUAGCGUGCUUAGCCCGGCCACUCUAAGGACCGGUAUAGCACCCUUCCUCUCUGUGACCUGUUAGCGUGUUAGGUUCCGGAAUCGUGACAUUACAACAGAGCCACCAUGGAAUUUGCUGACAUUCCACAGCUCUUAGUGAAUCAGGAGGCUAGAAUGGAUGGUUUAGACCACCGUAUGGAUCAGUUUGCCCAGGCUUUACAAACCAUACUGGCUCGUACUGCCCACUUGCAACCUGCCGUCCAAGAAGCUGUUGCUGCUGUGCCAGAACCCAUUCCUGAUCCAGUACCCGCUCCUGCUCACGUGGUUCACAUGACGCCACCUCAGCGCUAUAGCGGUGAUCCAGCAUUGUGCCGUGGUUUCCUCAACCAAAUUGAUAUUCAUUUGGUGAUGAAUCCUCGUUCCUACCCCACUGACAGAAGCAAAAUUGCUUUUUUGAUUAACCAUUUGUCCGGGAAAGCUCUAGCAUGGGCUAAUCCCAUGUGGGAGAAUACAUCCCCAAUGUCCUUUUCAGACUUCUUAACAGCUUUUAAACGUACGUUUGACCAACCCGGCCGGGUUGCUUCUGCUGGCAAAGCUCUGCUUAGGGUUCGACAGGGUAAUAGAUCUGUAGCGGAUUAUACCAUUGAAUUCCGCACUCUGGCAGCUGAAGUGGUCUGGAAUAACGACGCUCUCGUAACAGCUUUUCAGGAGGGUUUGGCCGCUUACAUAUUAGAUGAAAUAGCAUCCAGGGAAAUGCCUGUUCUUCUGGAUGAUCUAAUAGAUUAUGUCAUUCUAAUUGACAACCGUAUUAGAGAGAGGCGUAGUCAAAGAAGGAUGAAUACACAGGGGUUACCUGCUUUACCCAGUACUGCAUUGCUAGCAUUACCUCCCCCUAAUCAACCACCUCCCGAACCCAUGCAAUUAGGUGCUGUAGGCUUAUCUGAAGCUGAAAGAACGUACCGCAGAAGGGAGGGUUUGUGCCUUUAUUGUGGUAAGAGGGGGCAUCUCCGAAGAAACUGUCCUAGUUUGCAGGGAAACUCCAGCACCUAAGGCCUAGAGAGGGGUCGGCCUCGGGUGUUAUGGUUUUUUCCCCUCAUAUGUCCAUCUCCAGACCAUUUAUUACGGUUACUCUUUUGGUCAAUAAAACCACGAUAACAACUAAAGCCUUGAUCGAUUCAGGUGCUGCAGACAGCUUUAUGGAUGAGAACUUUGCUAAAACCGCAUCCUUGAAUCUGAUCCAAAAGGCCACACCCUUGGCCAUUGAGGCCAUAGAUGGUAGACCACUUGAUAAACCUCUGGUGACCCAUGAAACCCAAGAAAUGGUUAUGGUCGUGGGUGCCUUACACAAAGAAAGGAUAGCCUUCCAAAUAAUUGACUCCCCUACAGCUUCCAUCAUUCUGGGCUUUCCCUGGUUAGUUAAGCAUAACCCGGUACUCGAUUGGGAUUCUCUAGAUAUACUCUCCUGGGGGGUAUCUUGUCAACAAGACUGUAUGGCCCGUUUACAUCCCGUUUGUUUACUUAAUGUGCCUACAGCUAAACCACUUUCUGUUUCUGUCCCUCCUGUGUAUGCAGACCUCGCAUUGGUCUUUGAAAAGAGGGAAGCUGAUAAACUACCCCCACACCGGGAUUAUGAUUGUGCCAUAAAUUUGUUACCUGGAACGAUGCCUCCUAGGGGUAAGGUCUACCCUUACCCCAUGGAGGAGUACAUACAGGAAUCCUUACGUAAAGGUUUUAUCAGAAGGUCCUCCUCUCCGGCUGGUGCUGGUUUCUUUUUUGUUGCCAAGAAAGAGGGCGAUUUGAGACCAUGUAUAGACUAUAGGGGCCUGAAUAAUAUAACAAUUAAAAAUGCUUAUCCUAUCCCUCUCAUUACUGAGUUGUUUGACCGUGUUAAAGGUUCUAGAUAUUUUACUAAACUAGACCUCAGGGGGGCUUACAACUUGGUUCGGAUAAAAGAAAAUUAUGAAUGGAAGACAGCGUUUAAUACACGCAGUGGGCAUUACGAGUAUCUAGUCAUGCCUUUUGGACUGUGUAAUGCUCCUGCUGUCUUUCAGGACCUCAUAAAUGAUGUCCUUAGAGAUCUACUGCAUGUCUGUGCUGUGGUUUAUCUCGAUGAUAUACUCAUAUUCUCUCCUGAUUUGGAGUCACAUCAUGCCCAUGUGAGGAAGGUACUUAAGAGAUUGCUACAGAACGGUCUUUAUUGUAAAUUGGAGAAAUGUUUAUUUGACCAGAAAUCCGUACAAUUCCUAAGGUACGUCAUUUCUGAACAGGGGUUCAGCAUGGAUCCUUCUAAAUUAGAAGCCAUAUUGUCUUGGCCUCUCCCUCAAGGCCUUAAGGCAAUACAGCUAUUUAUAGGCUUUGCCAAUUAUUAUCGCAGGUUUAUUAAAAACUUUUCAUCUGUUAUUUCUCCUAUCACGAAAGUAACUAAAAAGGGUUUGCACCCCAGGGUUUGGACUCCCGAAGCCAUCAAAGCCUUCGAAACUCUCAAAAAGGCAUUUGCCACUGCCCCUGUGCUACACCAUCCUGAUCCUUCCCUUCCCUUUAUAAUGGAAGUAGACGCUUCAGAAUCAGGUAUAGGAGCUGUAUUAUCACAAAGAUUAUCCUAUAACGAACCCCUCCAUCCCUGUUGUUACUUUUCUAAAAAACUGUCUGAUUCGGAAAAGAAUUACGACGUCGGGAAUAGGGAACUAUUAGCUAUUGUGAUGGCAUUUAAAGAGUGGAGGUACUUAUUAGAAGGAGCUAGACACAAAAUCCUGGUUAUAACUGAUCAUAAGAAUCUCUCCUAUAUAGCUGAUGCUAAAAGGUUGUCCUCUCGUCAAGCCAGAUGGUCCUUAUUUCCUUCACGCUUUCAGUUCUGUAAGGAAACCAAGUACAUUUAAACCUUAAUCGGUAGUUUCCUCCCGAACAGCCAGAGCCCAGUGAAUAUAGCCCUCCGUUCGGUAGUUAUAGUAGACGAAUUCCCAAUUGUAAAUCCAAUAGUGUUCCUGGAUAAUUCCCACAGUAAAACACACGAACUCCCAAACAGCAUACGUAGUCAGAAUAAGGGUACAAAGAUGAACUGUUUAUUGGCACACAAAGAACCUUCUUUUAUGCAGGUCCCCAUGCAAGGGGACAUCCCACAGGGUGGGACACAGUACAACCAAUCACACAAUGGUUACAUCCCACACAUCCCCUCCCCUUAGCCUGAGAGGUAACUCAAUUAUCAAUACAUUUUAAAACACACUUUUUACCCAACUUUUAUAACUCCAAAACCAUACAUCCAAUAUUAAUAAAAGUCACAUAUUAUUAACCAGCACAUCCUAAAUACAAACAUACCCAAAAAUCAUGCAAAUCCUUCCAUUAGUUCAAAAGUUAGUUAGAAGUCCUUUGUGACCCAAAGGAAGCAUGGCUUUUCUGCCCAAACCAGUUCCCACUGGUCUGGCAGUGUCCCUGGGACAACUCCCUGCUUGAGAACAAUAGACAGGAAAUGGGGGAGGGGAAGAAACACACCUUCCCAUGGAUUCCAGUGGGGAAGAAACUGUCUUUAGAAGCCAAUAAGCCCCAAAGUUUGGAUGUAUAAAGGGGUGACAGGGUGGUCUGCAUUCGGUAGCAUAUACAGUAAAAAAAAGGCAUUUCUUCACAAGUUCAUUAUCACAUAUAUGCCUGGGUACCGUAAUGUCAAGGCUGAUGCUAUCUCCCGACAAUACGAACCUUUGGAGUCUAUCGCCCCCACUCCUGAACCCAUUGUACCCACGUCUAAGAUAAUAGCUGCUAACCAUUUAGUUAUUUUGUCUCUUUUCCUUGAUGGUAUCAAGGCAUACCAAACCCAAGCACCCUCUGAGACACCUGUUGGUAGAUUAUACGUGAAAGAAAAAGAUAGAAAGAAAUUGUUAGCUUUAUUUCACACCGCCAAAACGGCUGGCCACCCAGGGGUUACCAAAACACACAAGGAUCUCCUUAAACAGUUUUGGUGGCCUUCACUUAAGCAAGACGUGGUGGAUUAUGUGCAGGCUUGUCGUGUUUGUGCACAGUGUAAGUCCCCUAAUGUCAAACCCCCGGGACUCCUAAUGCCUUUAUCCGUACCCAAGAAACCAUGUACCCACUUAUCCAUGGACUUUACUGUGGAUCUUCCUUCAUCCGAUGGAAUGACAGUAAUUUUGACUGUGACUGAUAGAUUCUCUAAAAUGGCACACUUUAUUCCACUUAAGAAACUACCUUCUGCGGUUCAGUUGGCUCAGGUAUUUGCCAAAGAGGUUUUCCGCUUGCAUGGUAUACCACAGGAUAUCGUAUCUGACAGGGGUCCUCAAUUUGUCUCUCGGUUUUGGAGGGGCUUUUGUGCUGAGAUGGGGAUUUCCUUGUCGUUUACUUCCUCCUAUCAUCCACACUCUAAUGGAGCGGCCGAACGGGCGAAUCAAUCUGUGGAGUUAUAUUUACGUUGCUUCACGAAUGCACACCAGGACAACUGGUCUCACCUCCUUCCUUGGGCUGAAUUCGCCAGGAACACUGUGACUCAUUCGUCCACUGGCUUAAGUCCUUUUAUGGUUGCUUAUGGGUUCCAACCCUCUGUCCUUCCCGGCGUGUUCUCCGACAAGGGAAUACCCGCUUUGGACGAGCACCUCACCUCCUUACGGAAGAUGUGGGAUCAGGUCCAUGCUACUCUUUCUCGUGCGACUGCUACUCAGAAGAGAUUUGCUGAUCGUCGUAGGGGUGCUGCUCCCUCUUAUGUCCCGGGUGAUAGGGUUUGGUUGUCCUCUAAGAAUCUCCGCCUCAGGGUCCCCUCAAUUAAAUUCGCGCCCAGGUUCCUUGGCCCCUAUAAGGUAAUGCGUAGGGUCAAUACUGUGUCCUACUCCCUGGCCUUGCCUCCUUCCAUGCGUAUACCUAACACUUUCCACAUCUCCCUUUUGAAGCACCUGCUCUGUAAUCGAUUCUCUGGUCCUCUCAGGCGUCCAGAUUCCCUCCGCGCUGUCUCUAAUGACGUGUACGAAGUGGCUGCUCUGCUUGAUUCUUGUUUUUCUCGGGGUCGGUUGCAGUAUCUGGUUGAUUGGAAGGGUUACGGCCCUGAGGAGCGGUCCUGGGUUUCUGCCUCUGACUUGAAUGCGCCCUCUUUGAUCCGCUCCUUUCAUGCGCGGUUCCCUUUGAAUCCUUUGGCUUCCCGCCCGUUGGGCGGGCCUCGAGGGGGUGUUAUGUCAGGGAUCCGCGGGUGGCUAGGAGGGGAGGCUGCACGCCACUUGCAGCACUCACCCUCAGUCCAUCGCCGCCCGCGGUCUCCCCUCUGCUUACCUGUCGGCGAGCGGCGUCUCCUCUCUGCCGCUCGCCGUCCGCGUCCUCCACGCCCCCCAGCGGCAGCAUGUAUAACGCUGCACGCUGGGAGGUCACUGAACUAUGUAAACGCCGGGGUCACGUGAGUGACCCGGCGUUAAAGGAACAGUACCACAAUCACAGUGGGAGGUAUAGAUAUCCCCCACGUGUAAUUGUUAAUUCUGAUUGGAAGUUAUCCAAUCAGAAUUAAACCAAGGGUAUUUAUACUUACCUUUCCUGUCCCUCAGUGCUGUGUUGUUGUCUUGUGAUACCUGUAGCGUAGUGUUCUCGUCUUGCUCUCUGGUUACUGAUUAUUUGGCUCGUUAUUCCGAUUAUCCUGUCUUCUCCACUCCUUUGACCUCGGCUUGUUUCUCGUUCUCCCGUUUUCUGGCUCCCUUUACUUGGCUUGUCUCCUGACUAUUCUUAGCGUGCUUAGCCCGGCCACUCUAAGGACCGGUAUAGCACCCUUCCUCUCUGUGACCUGUUAGCGUGUUAGGUUCCGGAAUCGUGACAAUUAACAUAGCAGGGGAUAAGAAAAUCUUAUUUAAACAGAACUUGCAAUAAAGAAAGCCUAAAUAGGGCUCUCUUUACAGGAAGUGUUUAUGGAAGGCUGUGCAAGUCACAUGCAGGGAGGUGUGAGGCUUCAUAAACAAAGGGAUUUAACUCCUAAAUGGCAGAGGAUUGAGCAGUGAGGCUGCAGGGGCAUGUUCUAUACACCAAAACUGCUUCAUUAAGCUAAAGUUGUUCAGGUGACUAUAGUGUCCCUUUAAGUAAAGAAAGUCUUAAGCAAAAUACGAAGCCUCCUGUCAUGUCAUAAAAUUAGGUGUAGCAUCAUGUGGGUUCCACAUGAACAAGCUAAGUAAAGGCCACCAGGUAGAACGGUAAGUUAUAAGUUAAUAAGUAAAAGCCACAGUAGUGGUAUCCAAGAUGGGUAAGACAUUAGUAGAUUGUGAGAAAGUAAUAUGCAUAGAGACAAAACACUAAAUACAGGAACUUCUUUGCUCUCCACGCCCAGACACCGCAGGAUCCAAACAAGGUGAGGGCCCUUUGGACCGGGUCAAUUCAGACAUAUAUCGGCACAAACACUGACAAUGCCUGUCCAUGGCAUUAACCGGCGGUUUCCCGCGUUACUGAAUGGCAAUUUAGUCGAGAUUGUAGAUGUAAAGAGCGUGAGGUCAGGCAAUCUUGAGCGUCAGGCCCCGCUCCCUCUAGUGUGAACAAUUUUUGCAGUUUUUGCUCCAUACGCAGCGAAUAUCAUUUUGCCCUAUUCGGUAUGGGGCCAUUCGAACUUUAAAGGGACACUAUAGUCACCAGAACAACUACAGCUUAUUGAAUUUGUUCUGGUGAGUACAAUCAUUACCUUCAGGCUUUUUGCUGCAAGCACUGUCUUUUCAGAGAAAAUGCAGUGUUUACAUUACAGCCUAGUGAUAACUUCACUGGCCACUCCUCAGAUAGCUGUUAGAGAUCCUUCCUGGGUCAUAGCUGCCUAAAAUGCAUCCAAACAUUCAGUAUCUUCUCCCUCUGCACGCAGACACUGAACUUUCCUCCUCGAGAUUCAUUGAUUCAAUUAAUCUCUAUGAGGAGAUGCUGAUUGGCCAGGACUGUGUUUGAAUCAUGCUGGCUCUGCCCCUUAUCUGCCUUCUUGUCAGUCUCAGCCAAUCCUAUGGGGAAGCAUUGUGACUGGAUCAGGCUACCACUUCUGAUGAUGUCAGCAGACUGCUUGUUUUUCCUAGGCAAACAGCAUGCAGAUCUACAGCUUGAGGCUUAAAUACAGUAAGAUUUUGCUAUAUUUAUGGAGGUAUGAGGGACCCAGGGGGGCUGGAUGCUAUUGUUAACACUAUGGGGUCAGGAAUACGUUUGGUUUCCUGACCCCAUAGUUAUCCUUUAAUGGAUAACCUUGUGGGAAAAUAUCAAUACUAUUAUACAUACAUACUGAGGAGUUGAUUAGCCACCUUUUCAUAUUCUGGACUAUUUACCUGCAUCAGUCUAUUUGUGUCUAUAGUUAUUUAUAUCUCCAAGUGUGUGAUAUAUGUGCUUUAGAAGGUGAGUGUAACAACCCUUUCAUAGUAGUUAUUUACAGUACAGCUACGAUUGUUCACUAUCACCGACCAGCAAAUUUGAAUCCACGGUAAAUAUAUUCACUAGCAGCAGUAAUUAUGAGUAGAAGCACCAUAAAAAUAUAAUUUUACAUCUUCUUUGUAGGUACAUUUAUGUUUUUUAAAUUCACUUCUCCCAUACUUAAAUUUGUGUUUUGUCCCCAGGACUAUGCUGUUCUUCCGUUUUCUUGCCUUUUUCAUUCUUGUAUCCUUCUCCUGUGAAAUUGAGGAUAACCAGAUAGCUCAAUCUUGCUGUGGGGCCCCAGGGAUCCCUGGGGUUCCUGGCACACAUGGGAGUGUGGGGACUGCCGGCAGAGAUGGAAGAGAUGGGAGAGAUGGUGCUCCAGGUACAAGUGGAUCAAAAGGAGAACGUGGGGAACCAGGUAAAGAUAAUGGAAUUAUAGCGAUCGCGUUGACUUCUGUGCAAAAUAAUGCCAUGUAUCAAGAUACAUGUUACAUUGUAUGCAGGAGCAGUCACUCAAUCUUUGGGAAAUACUAGUGUUUAAUUAUCUUAGUCUCUUCUUAUCCCACUCCUUAAUAUAUGUGUAAUGGAGCGGGCUCACCAGUAAUAAUAAGGAUGAAAAAAAGAGGAAGGGAGGAGACACCAAAUCAGUAAUAGCGUAGUCUAGUUAUAAUCAGGUAUAGUUUUAAAAAACAAACAAACAAAAAAAACAGUAAAUUGUACACUCACAUUUUAAAAACCAAAUACCAGCAUGUCACUAAUUUAAACUAGUAAACAAACCCCUGUAUACAUACAGCAAUUUUUACGGAUACGAAUUACGGAGUAUUGCUGCUAUGCUCGGUCUCCCAACAAACACAAAGCACAGUUGCAAGACUGCCUCUGAGCCUGUAAGCGACUGCAUCCAGCCACGAAGGACACAAUAUAGCUGUACUAGUUUUAACUAGUGAUAUGCCAGUAUUUGUCUUUUAAAAUGUGAAUAUCCAAUUUACCAUUUUUUUGUUUUGUUGAUUUUUUUUCCAUUCUUUAUUUUUGAUGUGCUUAAUAAUAUCAGAGAUAACAGAAGUGGCAUUAGCUGUCAAUGAGGAAACAUCACAUAUUAGAUUAAGUGUACAUAGGAACUAGCACAUUUUCUAGCAAAAGACUAGACUGGCAGUGCAGGGUAUACAGAGUAGAGAAAUAUGAAAGCAGCAGGUCAUAUGCACUGCGAGUAGGCUGGAAAGGGAAAACAGUUAAUACCUGUAAAGGUAAUCGGUCCAGUAGCAACUUAUAGGCAGCUAGGAUCAUCGAUCAAAGUGUAAUCUGUAGUAAUUUCGAUUAAUAGUAUCCUAAAUACCGGAGCUCACACAGGAUGCGAUGGUCUGUUUUUUGUUUUGUUUUUUUACAUGCACUAAAACAACUUUAAUGCAUCUUUGGCCUGAAGAGCAUGCUGUACUAAAGAGGGAUUUUAUAGUGCAGUGUAGUGUUUACACCAGGCAAUAUAAAGUUGUUUUGUAAACAUGGAAGACAGCUGUAGUUUUUACAGGAAUUCAAAUGCAGGAAUGCAGAAAGAAAAAAAAAUAGUUUUCUGUAAAUCUUAUUCAAAAUUCUCUUGUUUUCAAGACAUAUAUAAUUUAAAGUGUUUACUGGAGCUUAAUUUGACAUUGUGAACAUAUGGUAUUGCAUUCAAUACCCGUCACAUUUCUACAAAUGAAAUGAAAAAAAACUAAAUUUAGCUCUAACCUAAUGCUUUCUUUCCUAUCCCUAACCCAUUGUAGGAAUGGCAGGAGCUAGAGGAUUCCCAGGUUCUCCAGGCCUUCCUGGUUUGCAAGGUGACAGAGGUGAGCAAGGAGAGUGUGCCGUUUCCCCUCGCUCUGCUUUCAGUGCUAAACUAUCUGAAUCUCGUAGUCCCCCUGUUCCUGGACAACCUGUUCCAUUUGUGAAGGUCUUAGCAAAUGAACAAGGACAUUACAACCCAGAGACUGGUCGAUUUCGCUGUGUUGUGCCUGGACUUUAUUACUUCUCCCUUCAUGGCACAGUCUACCGUGGAGCACUCCACGUGCAACUGAUGAAGAAUGGACAUGCACAGGCCUCAUUUUUUCAGCCAGGAGAUGGAACUAGACCAGGUGGUCUGUGUGGAGGGGCUGCAUUACAUCUGGAGCCUGAGGAUGAAGUCUGGGUCCAGCUAGGAGAGUAUCCAGGGCUAUAUGCAAGUGACGGGACUGAUAGUAUCUUUACUGGAUUCCUAAUUUACUCUGACUGGGACCCACAUCCUAUUUUUAAACCUCUAACCCCUCCUGAUCCAUAAACAAUUUGAUAUGCACAAUUACAAAGUCAAAAACCUCCAUCCAGACAUAUAAUUUCGGGUACAUAUAUUAGCACUCAAUCACAUAACAACUCCCCCAAAAAUUAUUCUACUUAACAGAUUAGUGUGAUAAGUUGGGCGCUAAUACGUUAUCCACAAACACACUGGGUUCUUAUAAUUGCCAUUGAAGGUCACCUAUCAAAACACCGCUGUUGAAUAUAAUGUACCUCACUGCACUGUGUUAAAUACAUCCAACAGCCUGAAUCAAAGCAGCUGAUCAUAGACUGGCAAAUGUAAACAAAAGUCCAUUGCUGUUUUUCUAACUGUAUGAACUACUCAGUGUCCAUACUACUUUCCCAGUCAGAUCUUACAGCACAGUGUGUUCACUUUAGAAGUUUUAUCCUGCCUGUUAUUUUAACUUGUAUCACAUUUCUAACUGGCAGAGACAUGAUCAAUUAGACAGCAGGAGCAUGAUCCAUACACCAGCUCUAGAAGUUUCGUUGCUCAUCUUUUCCCUGUUUUUUGUUUUUAAAGAGUCUGGUCCUUAUCAAGCUUACUAGAGUGUUAAUUCAAAACGGAACAUUGUCUUUACUGGUACUCCUACUUGACAUCCUUCACCAAGUGGUGUCUGUCAUAACUCAUUCAAAGUCACAUAGCCAUUAUAGAGUUAUUAUUGGACUAUAAAAAAUAUAGGUCAUUUCUUUCUAUUUUUUAUGCGUUGUAUCUGUGGUUCAUCUAGUGCCUGUCUUAAAAAAAAAAAAAAAAAAAAGAGUAUAUUUUUGUUGAAUGUCUAUAUGUGAAUACCAGUUUAUAUAUACACACACCCUUUCACCAUCCUCUUGCUGUUAUUAGUCAUACCUCCUUUUUACCCGGUCUCAAAAUUAUUGCUGGAUUCAAACCCCCCACCCGCCAUCUCAUUUCCUUUGCAAACAGUUUCUUUAAAUGACAUAUGAGAUCCCUUCCCGGAGCGGAGAGGCUUCAUACUUGGUGGCUGCACGCAUAACUACAUUGCAAGCCGCUGGGAUUGGUGUUCAGAACUUAUCCAGACACAGCUCCCUGCAGCUGCAUUGUUCUAAUGCUUGAGAGCCUGUGUGCUUCCCUACACCCAGCAACUGCAGGAAAUAAGCAGCUGGAAGGGUUUUACCCCAUACCUAGCUUACUCUGGUUCAGAUUCCAUUCCCCUCUUCAGCUAAAGUGUGACUAUCAAAAUAGAGCUUAUUGAUCUGAAAAUGGCAAAUGUGAUAUCAAAAUGUAUGGGAGUAGUCUGACUGAUCACUUAAACAUUAUUCAUAGCUUAGCAGCAGUUAACAUGUUGAUAAAUAUAAGAAAAGAAUGCAAUUAUCGUUUGAGUUUUGUAAUAUUCCUUGAAAUAAUAGAUUUACUGUUGCAGAAUUUACGGUUUAGCUUAAAGGGACACUAUAAUCACCCAGACCACUUCAGGGUGUCUGGGUGCCAGGUCCCUCAGGUUCUAAACCCUUCACAUGUAAACAUAACAGUUUCAGAGAAACGGAUAUGUUUACAUUUGGAGUUAAUCCAGACUCUAGUGGCUGCCUUCUGGACAGCCACUAGAGGUGCAUCUGCGACGCUGGAGGCGAAUUUCACCUCCAACGCACAAAGCGUCCAUAGGAAAGCACUGAGAAAUGCUUUCCUAUGGACACUUUGAAUGCACAUUCAGCUCCCGUGACGUCUGACGGGGAGAAGAGGUCACCAGCGCCGAGGGAGCUAGAUUAAGGUAAGCUUCUGAAGGGGUUUUAACCCCUUCAGCGCCACGGAAGGGGGACCCUGAGGUUGGGGGCCCCCUCAGGGCACUAUAGGGUCAGGAAAAUCACUAUAGUGAUCCUUUAAUUUUGGUGUAUAGAUCAUGCCCCUGCAGUCUCACUGAUCAAUUCUCUGCCAUUUAGGACAAGCAUGUCAAACUCAAAGGUUAGCAUGGGCCAAAUAAACAUGCCAAACUAAUCUUAUUGAUUUUUUUUUAUGAUUGGAUAACUAAAAUAAUAGAUCAGGGUGGUGCAGUAGACAUAGCUUACCUAGAUAUCAGUAAGGUAUUUGACACUGUUGCACAUAGACUGCUUAUCAAUGAACUGCAAUCUUUAAGUUUGGAUUCCAAUAUUGUUGAAUGGCACAGGAUUGGGAAGCACAUAGAUCCACAGAUGUUAUCAAUGCAAACACACGUGGAGAGGAGCAAAAAACAAAUAUAACACAGGACACAGGAAAACCCCCCAAAAACUAGCAGGUUCAAGAACGGUUUACCCAGUUGAAAAAAGUGUGCAUUGGUAAGAGUGCAUCUAGGGACCUUCUGGCACCAUAACUUAAUUUAAAUGAAGUUGUUAUGGUGCUUAAACUGUCCAUUUAAGACCGUAAUGGAACUGAAAUUUCAACGCAAAUCCAAAGUUAUAAGACAAAGUAGGAACUACUUUGUCUUACAGUACAGCCUAGGGUUAACAAAAGGAGAACUGCCUUUUUUUUCCCCCCCACCAAACUUUUUUCUAUCCUAGCAGCUAUAUAGAAUGAUGGCUGUAAGAUUCAGACUCUGUCUACAGUAGACCCCAUAGGAUUCUCCAUAGACCUCACUGUUGUACUCUCUCGCAUGACUGAGUGAGAGCACAGCAGCUGAAGUGUCAGGAUCUGAAGAAAACCUGCAGCGUUAACAUGGCCACAAAAGGACAUGCAAGUAAAGCUCACCUUCCCUGCCACUGGACCGGUCAGUUUCAGGAGUCUUUGAAAAAUAUGCAAACACCACCGAACUUGACAGAGCCGCUUUAACCCUCCAUGUAAACAUAAAUGAUCUCCCAAACUUUACAGCUAUAUGCUGCAAUUUAAGUUAGAUCAAAUUUUUCCAAGUGUUGAAAUGUGUAAAAUGUAUAAAAUAACCAAAUACAAUUCUUUCAAAAAAUAUAAAAAAACAAAGACCGAUAAGACAUUCUGAAGGGAAGAGGGUAUGUAAAUCUAAAUGUCUACUCGAAAAACACUUUGCAACUUUUACUUUCAUUUUGUAGAAAGUUACUGCAUAGUAACAUAUGAACAGGAACAUAGAUUUAAAGAAUCAGUAGCACCUAGUUCCAUUUUGUCUGCAUAAGAACAAGGAAGCAAUCUUAAUUGCAAAAACAAACUUCAUAGUUAAUAUCUCAUGGAUCCAGGAGCAUAAGCAUGUAUUUCUAAUGCUGUAGUUUUAAGCUAUUUAACAGCAACAGGUCAAUGCAGCUCUACAGUCACCAGUUUAGUGCCUUCUGGAAUACAAUUCUUAAAGGGGACAUUAUAGUUACCAGAACAGCUCUAGCUGUAGUUAUUCGUAGUUAUUCUGCAGACUAAUGUAAACACAGCCUUUUCAGAGGAAAGGCAAUAUUUACAUUAUAGCGUAGGAACACCUCUAGCGGCAGUCACUCAGACGGCCACUAGAGGUGCUUCCUGAGUCAGUGUCUACACAUGAAGCAUCUCUGCAUAAUGACACGGAAUGCUCCCUAUAGAGAUGUGCAAUAUGUUCUAGGGGGAAAGCCUUGGAUAGGCUGAGAUUGAUGCUCUCAGCCAAGAAGGGAGAGCCAACCACAACAACACCGGCGCAGCGCUGGAAAUAAGAUGAAUAAAUCACCUUUUUAAAAGCAGGCGUAGUAUCCUAGUGUUUUUAGAACUAUAGUGUAAGGAAUACAUGUUUGUCCUCUUAUUCAGGCAAGCAUUUCUAUAAACACAAUUAACAGCGUUCUGACAAAUAUUUUGUUACAUUGUUAAAAAAAAUGGUCAUAUCACAUAAAAUCGAGAAAAAACUGCAAGUUUUAACACAACUCCAACAUUUUUCAAAUUUUCAAAGAAACCAGGAUAUUACAAUUGCAGAUCAAAUCACAAUAAAAAAAAUUCCAGGUUAAUGUGAGUUUAAGUCUUAUGUCUUCCAGCAUUUAAAACCAAUUACAUUCCAACUUGCACUGGAAGGAUCAAAAUGUGGUGGCUAUCGACAGAUAUGAAAAAGCACAUUUCACUGGACCUGUGUGUGUUUUGGCAAAUAUGGUACAGCUUACCAUCACUCAUCAUAACAAGGAAGUUGGAAAUAAGUAUUUUAGAUGAUCAAACUUUCGGAGAGGAUUUUAUUAGCAGACAGUUCAUUGAUGGCAGGAGUGGUAUACUGUUAAAUAUUAAUCGUCUAUGGCCAAAAAAAAAAAAAAAUGUUAUUUGCUUUGUAAUUUGUUUUCUUAGUUGAAAAUCUAUAUUUACUAAACAUCAUAAGCUAAUGCAACUGCCAUUCAUUGUCACAAAAUAAAAGGAACACUUCUUUUUCAGAUUAGAAAAGAUAGAAAAUGUAAAAGACACAGUAAAACAAUACACAUGCAUUAAAAGGUAAAUUACGGGCUAAAGGUUAACCUCUAAAUUUAUAAUGCAUUAUAAAGAUAACACAUGAAAAAAAUUCAUAUUUAGUUUCUCUUAAUGCACUAGAGGAUCUGACUGCACCAGCAAGAGACAUACUUACUGCCCUGUAGGAAUAUUAUGGGCCUAGUAGUUUAAAUGCAAAAAAAUUCACUUAUGUACUAAGGCUGCUAUCAGUUUACCAUCGCUUGAGUCAGUGUUUAGUUUAUGUGAAAGGAAAAUUAUCAUUACUUACCUGGCCCACUGUGAUCUAAUUAAAGGUGGGUGUUACACUUCUGCAUCGUUCCGUCUGCACUCUAAAUUAAUUUGCACUGCUUGGGGUCAGUCACGCAGCAGGACGUACCUCCUCUGUGAUGCUAACUCUGACUUCCUUGUCAGCGCCUGAACGGAGUAACAUCACCCAUUGUACAGCGCUGCAGAAUUUAAGUAGUAAUAAUCAUAUUUCUCCGUUAAUAUGCCCCCUAGUCAUCGCCGGUUAGGGAGCUACCAUAGCAGGCUCUGUGGUUGCAAUGGGUCGAGAGCAGAGAGACGUUCCGUGGGAGGUCUCCUCUGACCCAUGGCACAUUCUCCUAGCAAGCACAGGGCGCUCAGACCAAGCUGUGCAUGUGCAUACAAUAUUUUUGCAAGUUGUUUUACAGGAGCCAAAUGCAGAUCUACAACCCAGGCAAAAAAGGAUCAGAAUAACAGAAUUGUCAGCAUUUAAUGCUAAACCUCAAAUUUUUGGUCCAACAUAAUCAAUUCAGCUUGCCGAUAACAUUUCUUGAAGUAGUAUACAUUCAACUCAAGCAGACAGAAUACUUUUCUGUGUCAGUAGGUUGGAAUGUUGUUUCUUGGACACCUGACUUAUCAGUAUCAAUAUUGCUUUCCGCUUUAUAAAAUGUUUAAAACACUGUUGAAAAAAACAAAAUACAUUUUUCAGUGAUGUUCCAACACUAUGCUUUUUUAGCAGCACUCAUGGUCCUAAAAUUCCGCAUUAUCAAAGCUACCGAGAUGUUAAUCUAGUGGUUAGGGAAUUAGCCAGACAGAUGCCUGUACACAAGUACCUUAUUACAACUUUGAGGGUAAGGUUCACUGGAACGUGGCACCACGUUCGAAUAUAUAAAAGUGUUUAACCUGUACAAUAUGCCAUGUAAUUGGAUUGCGGACUUUGGAGUCUUUACUUAUCUUCUUGUUAUAUGUUUACUCAGCCCUGCGUGGCUGUAUUCUUUCAAAUGUAAUUUACGAAAUAACGGUUUAACUGUGUAUUUCUGCAUAUUCCACACUUCUUCAAGCACUGUGGCCAAUAAAAAAAAAAAAAAAGUAUAA